AUGCUGUUCGGACGGAGCAGCCUGGCGCUGUUGGUACUGUGCACCUUUGCGGUAUCUCUCGAAGGACUUUCGCACCCAAGACGCCUAGAUCGUAGCAAACUGAACCUGCAGGAGGAGUACUCAGGGCUCAAGGAAGUGCGAGUUCCGAGGGUUUCGUCACAGUACCGUCUGCCGAACGAGACCACACCGGAGAGUUACGUUCUGGAGUUGCACUCCAACAUACACCAGCGGGAUUUCACCUACACCGGAACGGUGACGGUGCAGAUUCUCGUGCUACAGGCAACUCGAUCGAUCGUCCUGAAUUCCCGCGGAGUUGGCAUCGUGAGUGUAUCGGUACACAAUGCCAACCAGAACGUGGUUCCCAUCGAAGCCAUCGACGUCGAUCCCGAACGGGAACUGCUGACGAUUCGAACCAACGUCGAGUUCGCCCAGGGCGCUCGGUUACAGCUGACGAUUCGCUUCGAGAAUGUCCUCCGUGACGACGUGUCCGGGUUCUUCCGGGCCUCGUACUACGCGGAGGGUGUGGAGCGUUUUGCCGCAAUCACCCAGUUCCAGCCGGUCGACGCUCGUACCGCGUUCCCGUGCUACGACGAACCGGGCAUUCGGGCAACGUUUACAAUCAUCAUCAACAGUGGCGUUGAUAUGAAAGUUCACUCCAAUAUGCCAGUAGCUUCGGUGAAGAUAAUUGGCAACGGUAUUAAACAGACGCGCUUCCAAACGACCCCACGAAUGCCGACGUACCUGGUCGCGUUUGCGAUAACCGAUGGGUUUCUUAGUACGCGAACCACCUUGAGGUCUCCCCCAUCCACCAUCAACAUGGAGGUUCUAGCGCCACCGGGAACGACCGCCAGUGCGCAAGCAUACGGUCUUACUUCAGGGGCCGCCGCCAUUCGGGCAGUCGAGCAGUACUUCAAUCAAACGUACGAUCUUCCGAAGCUCGACCAGCUUGCCGUGCCGGCCCUGUACUUUGGCGCAAUGGAAAACUGGGGCUUAGUCAUCUACGCCGAGCCGUACCUUCUGUACGACGAAGCGACCGGUACGAACCGCGAUAAGGAGAAUGUCAUCGCCACCAUCGUGCACGAGUUUGUGCAUCAGCUUUUGGGCAACCUGCUCACACCGCACUGGUGGUCCGAUCUGUUCCUGAGCGAGGGAUUCGCCACGCUUUAUGAGUACUAUCUUACCAGCGAGCUCGAGCCAAGCAUUCGAUUUAGGGAAACUUUUACCAUCGAGGCGCUUCAAACGGCCUUGCUGGUGGACAGUAACAUCAACAUUAGGCCAAUUUCGUACGAGGUGGAUACACGGCGUGAUGUCGAGCGUAUGUUUGAUAUCAUUUCGUACCAAAAGGCGGGCAGUGUUCUUCGCAUGUUCCAUCACGCACUCGGCGAAAGAACGUUCCAGAAGGGCAUGCGAAGAUACAUAAACACAAACAAAGACAAAUCUGUUACGCCGGAUGAUCUAUUCGCAAGCCUCCAAAGUGCCGCCCAGGAAGAUGCUGUGCUUCCGGUGUCAUAUGACGUCGCAAGCCUCAUGCGUCCCUGGAUCUACCAGUCCGGCUAUCCCCUGGUCACGGUAGAACUGCACGGUGACGAGCUUGUCUUCCGGCAAGAGCACUAUCUUAACGCCGAUAUAACUACUUCCUCCGACCGUACGUGGUGGAUUCCUAUCGCCUACGACCUGUUGACGGCGGGCACCACUCAGCGAAAACAAUUGUGGAUACCACAAGGCACUUCCCAGGUUACGUGGCCGGAACCAGCUGUCACUGAGAAUACGCUAAUUCUAUUGAAUCCACACCAGAUCGCCUACUAUCGGGUGAACUACGAUGUGAAUCUCUGGGAGCGUUUGAUACGGCAUCUUAUUUCGGAUCCAACGAGCAUUCCACCGGCUUCCCGGGGCCAACUGCUCGACGAUUGCUUCAAGCUUUUCCAAACAGAGCGUAACGAUGCCACGAUACUGUUCAGCUUGCUACAGUACAUAGGUCAGGAAGUCGACGCCAUACCGUGGACCGUGGCACUGGCUGCAGACAAUCUGGGAGUUUUACAAGGCGCACUAAUCCCUGAUCGUUCUGCGUACGAAGCAUUUGCGACCUUCGUUGCAGCACAAAUUACGAAUGUCUUCAACCUGGUGCGCUUCGACGCAGGGCCCGAUGAUGCACACGAACUUCAACAACUACGUAGUACCGUGAUCGAGUGGAGUUGCCGCAUGGGACUAGCUGCUUGUCGCACGGUAGCCCUAUCCAGGAUGCUGGAUGACUUUACCGGUGCCGUUUCUAUACCGGCCUAUCUGAAGAGAAGUGUAUACUGUGGUGGCGCUACGAUCGCCAGUCUAGAGCAACUCGAGGCCCUAUGGCUGCGAUUAGAGACGGUCACCGAUUAUCGGGAGCGAGCGUUCAUCAUCGACACGCUGGCCUGUGCAGAGGAUGCUACAUUUCUGGACGCGUUGCUCUUGUCCAUCCUGGAACGGCCGACGAUGUAUCUCUCUGGGGAAUGGGAGAUGGUUUUAACGGCUGUAUACCAGCAGUCGGCCAUCGGCUAUGAUGCGGUCGAUCACUGGUUGUCUCGCAAUUUCCUCGAUAUAUUACAAAGCAUUGCAAGCGAACCAGCGUUUUUGGAUAUCCUUGCCGAUAUCGAGCGACGAGCGGAUAAUAUUGGCCGAUACUAUGAGUUGAUCCAACUUCUGAAACUUCUUCAGCUAGAAACCUAUAUUGACCGGGGCAUUUUCGAGUACACCGGAACGUUACAGAUUGAAAUCAAAGUAGUCAAACCAACUGAUCAGAUUGUGCUGCACAGUGUGCGCAGUGUGAUCAAAAGUCUGAAGUUACUUAAUAGUGUACAAAAUCAAAUACCGAUCAAAGGAUACGUGUUCGACAAGGAGAAGGAGUUUCUGGUAAUUAAUGUGGGAGAGGUGGUACAACCGACCAGCGGAACCUACAUGCUUGACAUCGCGUUCACCAACACUAUCGACCGAUACGAUCGAGCAGGGUUUUACCGUUCAUCUUAUGUCAGCGCUAAUGGUACUACACGCCACCUAGGGUUGACGCAGUUCGAACCCAUUGAUGCAAGAACUGCAUUCCCGUGCUACGAUGAACCAGGAAUAAAAGCAACCUUCGAAAUCGUCGUCACGUGCGGCCUGGAGUAUCACGUGCGCUCGAACACACCGGGCAAGUCAACGGUUGAUGGCGACCGUAAGAUAUUUAAGUUCGAAAAAACUCCCCCUAUGCAGACUUACCUGGUUGCCUGGCUCGUAUCCGAUUUCGUGGGUGAAGAAGCAACAUUACCACAAACAAUGCUAACGGUAGCGACCUGGGCUAAGCCUCAGUCGGCAAACCUUCUUACGUUCUCUGUCAAUGCUUCGAAGCGGUUUAUCCCUGUAAUGGAGCGCUACUUCAACGAGCGGUAUUCUCUGUCCAAAAUCGACAAUGUUGCCAUCCCGGACAGUGACUACGCAAAUGGGGCCAUGGAAAACUGGGGCCUAGUAACCUACAGGGAAUCAAUGGUUCUCUUUGAUCCACUAAAGCAUGGGUUUAGCCGGCAGGUAGUCGUGGUGGAGACAAUUGCUCAUGAGUACAUACAUCAGUUCUUUGGCAACCUGCUGGCACCGAAAUGGUGGAGCUUCUUGUGGUUGAAUGAAGGCUUAGCUCGCUUUUAUGAAUGUUACAUAGGAUCUUUGAGCCAUCCAGACCUCAUCCAUCGAGAACUAUUUGUUGCGGACACCAUGCAAAAAGCCUUCAACGUAGACAAAUGGCCAAAUGUUAUUCCGAUGACACAUUACGAUGAAACGCGCCACGGAAUUAAGCAUCGCUUUAAUAAUGUUGUUUAUGACAAAGCGGCCAGCGUUCUGCGCAUGAUGCACUACGCCCUCGGAGAGCGUACCUUCCAGAAGGGAUUACGCUACUAUUUGCAGCAAAACAAGCCCCGCGGGGUUGUUGAAGAGUCUAAUCUUUUCGAUAGUCUAGAUCAAGCCGCUAAAGAAGACAAAGCACUGCCAGCGAACCUGUCCAUGCAUGAAAUUUUCGGUUCCUGGUCUAAUCAGGCCGGCGUUCCGAUUGUGUCGGUACGACGUAAUCGAAGUGAGUUCUACUUCACACAGACGCGCUACUAUGCUGAACCUCAGGAGGAUCCCCUUAAUAGCUCCUGGUGGAUUCCGAUCUCCUUCUCGACGCAAUCCAACACGGCGUACGAGAAGUUGCCCGCAUUCUGGAUGCCACCGCACAUCUCGGAGGUUUCGUACAGUAUUCCACUUGCUGAGGGAGAAACGGUGACAUUCAAUCCUCACUCGACCGGUUACUACCGCAUCUCAUACGAAGAACCACUGCUGGACGAGCUCAUCCAGCGUUUGACUACCGAUCAUGGUUCAAUACAACCGGCAGCUCGUGCUCGCCUGAUCGACGACACGUUGAACAUCGCAUAUCGUGAUGGAGGAGACUAUAGUGCGGCCCUGAAGCUGAUGAGCUAUCUCCGCGACGAAACCGACUACGUCCCAUGGGUGGUGGCGUACGAGAACCUGCGGUAUCUUAAGACAAUGCUGCGCGGCGAUGCAAAGGCUUCGGAGAUGCUGCAGACUUUCACCGAACAACUGGCUGCACCACUGCUCGAAAAGUACAGCUUUGCCAAACGAUCACACGAGUCGGCCAACGAUGAAGAGCUCAGAUCGAUUGCGAUCGAGCUGGCUUGCAGUGCUAGCGAAUCCUGCAAGAGCGCCGAAAACUUUUACAACGCCAACGAUCGUGCCUUGGUGUGCAGUGGACUCCGCUUGGCCAGAGCCGACGAACGAAACGAGAUUGCAGAAAAAAUGUCUCGUGGUAUGGAAAGCCAGUCAAAUGAUCUUUCGGCGAGAACAUACAUCGAGGAAGUUGUAGACUGCACGGGACAUAAUGUUCAGGGUGUCCAAUACCUUUUUGAACUUGAAGAAUCUGUGCGUAGCAAAAGUUUGUAUCAUUUGAUCGUGGGAAUGAAAGUUACUCCUAGCAGUGUCAUACACACACUCCACGCGGAAAUCUCUCAGCGGCAGAGUGACUUCAAACCUGCUACGAUCGCCCAAUUCCUACUGGAGCUAUCCCAUUACGUAACGGACCCGUCUGAAAUUGAUCUAUUCCGCUCUGCUGUAUCAAACACAGCCCCAUCCGUUGUCUCGGCGAUCGAUUACAAGCUGCAAGCCAACCGCAAAUGGAUUGACAGGAACGUGAAACCCUUAACCGCUGCAUUAAGUCAAAUCUUGGCCCAGUGAAUAAGAAGAUUCAAACAAGAAGUUUUUUAUGUAUUGAAACCAAUUCAAUCACAUAUAAGAACGUGCUCUGGUCAGUGCUUUUUUGCUUCUGGUGCAAGAAUCGGCGCAUCAUGCACGUAUUGAAUACAACGUACGCAUGUUCCAGCCUUUUUUACUGUCGCUACAGGUUUCUCUCACACUUGUUUAUGCAUAUUUAUAUCAUUUCUAUUUAUCAAUAUUCUAUAUUCAAAUAA